UUGAGAGCCGCAACCCAGAUGUGCGUUAGCUGCAGGAGACAGGGACAGACUUGUCUCUCUUGAGAAGUGAAUGCCUCAGUUCCACACACCAGGUGCAAUACAGGAGGCUGCAAUUUCUCGGUUCUGGUGAGAAAAAGCACUUCUGGGCUCAUUGCGUCCUUCAGAGGAUCCUCCUCAUCUACCUGCUGACUUUCUGUGGGACCUUCACAACAAGGCUGCAUCCUUGGACCCCUUCUCUACUUUAUCUCCCUCUACACCUUAAGCCCAUCUGCAAACAGAUUCAGCUACCACAUCUAUGCUGACAGCUACCUCUCUACUCCCAAGCUGUCUCCUUCUAUUCAAACUAAAAUCUCCGCCUGUCUCGCUGACUGCUCCUUGCAGAUGUCUAGCCCUCAUCUCAAUCUCAAUUUGGCUAAACCAGAGUUCCUAAUCUUUCCCCCCGCCCCAGCUUUUCAAGCAGUCACCACUACCUCCUUGUUUGAUCACUGUGGACAACUGGGAAGCUAAAGUUCUAAGUCCAUAUUCACCUGCUUCUCCCAGACUUUUGGAAUCUUCCUUGAAUGCUCUGUAGUCCACCUGCUCCCUACCAUCCAUGCACUCCAGAUCUGGUUGCUCCCUUUCCUCCUUACAGCAGCCAGAAGGCGAGGAUAUGGCAUACCACUCUAAGUUCUGCAGGAAGGCAUCCUGAUUUUUGCAGCAAACUGGAAAUGCAUCAGAAGUCUAAAAUAUGUAGAAAAACAAAGAUGCAUUUCAUAAGACAAUUAAUGCUGUUAUACAGUAGAUCAUGCAAUUAAAAUUAAUUUUCUGGAUAUUUUUCUACGAACGUCCCACCACCACAGAAUUUCCAGUUUGCUAAAGGCCUGAGGGGGCCUUGUGACAAAUUUUAGUUUCCAUGUGCCACAGAAUUCAGUGGGCUGUGACGCAAACUACAUGGAGCCCUCAUCGUACCCCCCUGCAAGCAACGGACCAGCCAGCUGCUGAGACGGGCGCCCACAAGCAUGGACACUGAAGACAGCGUCACAGAGCAGGUCUGCCAGGAGUCAGACAUCCAGGAUGGCGAGCUGCGGGAGGUGGAGGUUGCAGGCCACAAGGUGUUGCUGGUGAGGAAUAAGACGGAGUUCAGUGCUGUGGGGAGCAAGUGCACACACGCAGGAGCCUCUCUCAGCAAAGGAGUCUUGGCGGGUAACAGACUGCGCUGUCCCUGGCAUGGUGCCUGCUUCAAUAUCAGAACUGGAGACAUUGAGGAGUACCCAACUCUGGACUGUCUUCCCUGCUUCAAGGUGCGAGUGGAAGACGGGAAGGUACUUAUUACUGCAAAAAAAAAGGACCUUGAAAGUGACCGAAAGCUGAAGACCAUGAGUGAGCGAUGCAGGAGCAAUGAGAACACAAUGCUGCUCCUGGGUGGAGGUGCAGCUGCACUGGUCUGUGCAGAAACACUUCGGCAGGAAGGCUUUACAGGCAGGAUCAUCAUGGUAACCAAAGAAAAGCAUGUCCCGUAUGACAGGACCCAACUAAGCAAGGCGAUGGAUAAGACGCUAGAAAGCAUUUACCUGAGGCAGCAGGACUUCUUUGAGGCUCAUGGCAUCGACGUUUGGACUGACAAAGAGGUGGUGUCUGUGGACACGCAGGGGCAGAAAGCCCACUUCCAGGAUGGGGCCUUCCAGCGGUACGACCAGCUCCUCAUUGCAACAGGCAGCAGCCCCAGGCAGCUCCAGUGCCCCGGCUCAGACCUGGAGAACGUGUGUUCCCUGCAAACCCCCGAGGAUGCUAACAGGAUUCUUCACCUAGCAACUGGCAAGAGGGUGGUGAUUCUAGGCGCUUCCUUCAUUGGGAUGGAGGUUGCUGCCUUCCUUUCAGACAAGGCUAGUGCCAUCUGCGUGGUGGAAAGAGAGGAGUUCCCCUUCCAGGCAGUGCUGGGGCCUCAGGUCGGAGGUAUUGCCAUGAAGAUGCUGCAGAAUAAAAGAGUGAAAUUCUACAUGAAGGCUGAAAUCUCUGAGCUGCGAGGAGAGAACAGAAAGGUUACAGAGGCUGUUUUGGCCAGUGGAGAGAAGCUACCUGCAGAUGUGGUGGUGGUGGGAAUAGGUGUCACCUCCAACUCAGGUUUCCUGAAGGACACUUCAAUUGCUAUGGACCGUGGAGGCGCCAUCCUGGUGGAUUUGUUCAUGCAAACCAACGUCCCAAGAGUCUUUGCUGCUGGAGAUGUGACUUCAUUUCCAGUCACCCUGUUCGGUGAAACAACUGCCACCAUCCGUCACUGGCAGAUAGCACAGGCUCAUGGUCACAUUGCUGCUUUAAACAUGCUGAGGAAGCAGAAGGCCUUGCACACUGUUCCUUUCUUCUGGACCUCCCUGCUUGGAAAAAGCAUCCGCUAUGCAGGCUAUGGGAAAGGAUACACUGAGACUGUUGUGAAGGGAAAUCUGGAGCAGCUGAAGUUCUUGGUCUUUUACAUCAAGGAUGAUUAUGUGAUUGCAGCUGCCAGCCUGAACUUUGACCCCAUGGUCUCCCUGGUAGCCGAAGUCAUGUACUCUGGCAGACAAAUCUCAAAAGCAGAGGCCCAGUCCUCUGAUACAACCUGGAUGAAGCAAGCCUAAUGCGAGACUGCCUGGGGGCUCAGUAACACCCCCGCAGGCGUAAUCAUUUCCCAUACCCCUGUCCUCCCACUCAGGAGAAAUAAAAACCAGCAUGAAAUGGAGCAGGAGCUCUGCUUGUCAUGUCUGCAAUCACAA